AUGUCGGACAACGAAGUACCACCGAGACCCGAGGAGGAGCAGCCCGUCAACGACGACGAGACCAACGAUGAGGAGGAGAUUGCAGCAAUGAAGAAGCGCGUGCAAGAGAUGGAAGCCGAAGCACAGAAGCUGCGCGAGAUGCAGGCCAGCUUGGACCAGCAGCAGGACGGUCUGCGCGAGAGCAAAGAAGACAUCGACUCGCGCUCCGUCUUCGUCGGCAACGUCGACUACGGCGCAUCACCUGAGGAGAUUCAGGCACACUUUGGCAGCUGUGGUCCCAUCAACCGUGUCACCAUCCUGCUUGACAAGUUCACCGGCCACCCCAAGGGUUACGCCUACGUCGAAUUCCAGGAGCCCAGUCUUGUCGCCAAUGCCAUCGUUCUUAACGAGAGCGUAUUCAGAGGCCGCAACCUGAAGGUCGUCCCCAAGCGUACCAACCUUCCCGGCCUGGCAAGAGGCGCUGCUGCUGCUGCCGGUGGUCGUGGUGGUCGCGGACGUGGUCGCGGUGGCCCCAUGGGAUUCGGCGGUCCUCCUGGUUUCGGCGGUGGUCGCGGAGGCUUUGGCGGCCCACCUCCAUUUGCCCCCCGCGGUGGCGGGUAA